GUAAUAUUGAAACAAAAUAAUGAUUAUCAUUAGUUCUUCUGUAUACAUUUGUGGAACUAUAAUCAAUUGAACAUAUUUUUAUAUUAUUCCUAUAGAUACUCUAAAGUAACACUUUAAAAAAACAAACUGUUUCCUAUUUCAAUUAUUUCUUGAUUAAUGGCUUCAGUAUUAACAUCACUUGCAAAUAAAUUAGCUCGUAGACUAAGUGAUACACAAGUUCCUUCAUCGGUUCGAUUUGAUGUCGAUGGUCCUCCAAGAAAUUCUCUACUAAGGCGUCAAAGUGUGGCUGCCGAAAGUUUUGAUCCAGAAAAAGACAGUGAUGAUAAUAAUGAAGAAGAGAGACAAAUUUAUCCGAAAUCUGAUAGUCAACGAGCUAGGCUAACUAAUGCUGUCAAAGAAAUCCUACUCUUUCGAUGUCUUGAUGAAGAACAAAAGUCGAGAGUUAUCGAUGCUAUGCAAGAAAUGAAAGUUAAAGAAGGUGAUGUAGUCAUUAAACAAGGUGAUGAUGGAGACAAUUUCUAUGUAAUUGAAUCAGGCACCUAUGAUAUAUAUGUUAAACAGAAUCAGUCAACUGAAGAGAAAAUUGGUGAAAAAGUUGGAUCAUACAAUGGUCAUGGUUCAUUUGGUGAACUAGCUUUAAUGUAUAAUACAUCACGGGCUGCUUCUAUAAUAGCUACUACAGAUGGUAUACUAUGGCUUAUGGAUAGAAAUACUUUUCGACGUAUUGUUCUUAAAGCAGCCUUUCAUAAACGUCAAACAUAUGUAGAAUUGCUUGAGGAUAUUCCAUUACUUAAAGAAUUAAGUAGUUAUGAACGUACAAAUGUAGCUGAUGCUCUACAAUCUAGAGUAUAUCAAGAUGGAGCAACUAUUAUAUCUCAAGGUGAAACUGGCAAAGAAAUGUUUAUUAUUGAAUCGGGAACUGUAAGAAUAAGUGUAAAAGAGAAUUCAAAAGAAGUGGAAUUGAGUCGAGUUGGUAAAGGUGCUUAUUUCGGAGAAUUGGCAUUAAUUACCAAACGACCUAGAGCUGCUUCAGCUUAUGCUGUAGGCGAGACUAAAUUAGCGGUUUUGGAUGUUGCAAGUUUUGAACGUUUAAUGGGACCAUGCCUUAAAGUGAUGCAAAGAAAUAUUGACACAUAUGAAAAACAAUUAACUGAAUUACUUGGAACUAAUAAUCAAUUAAAAAUAAAUGAAUUUAGAUCAAAAUAA